AUGAUCCUGUCCAACUUCCUGCACGCGUAUGUGGUGGUGCAGGUGGAGAACCUGCUCGGGACAAUGUGCUUUCCUAAAGGGAAUGGAAAGUGGUGCGGCGUCAUGAGAGAGAGUUACGGCCUGAUAGCUUUGCUGCUAAUCUCCCAGUUUGGAGUUCCGGACUCUUCCUCUGUGGCUGCGGCUUCAUCUGUUUUGACAGCGGCGUGA